GUUUGAUGGAGAGACUUGUUGGGUGCCGACUUUAUUGGUGGGGAGAGGAGAGCGACUGAGUUAAGAAGAGACAGAUCUUAUGAGAAAAAAGUCACACGUCAAUCAAUUAUUGCCAGCUCUAAACGUAUCUCCGCCGUGAUUGCCACGUCUUCACCCAAAUCUAAUCAGAAAAAGAUAUCCGAUCAAACAUCUUUCUUGCUUUUCCGGUGCUCGCUUCAAUUGGGGAAGAUUCGUUAGGUAUUAUCCUUCUGGGUUUAUCAUAUUCCGAUGAAAGAGUACCGAAUCAGGCAAGUUCUGAUUUAUUUUUCAUUAGUUUGAUCUUAUUUCAAGAUUCUCGAUGUGGGUUUCUUCUCUGGAUCUUUUUUAUUCGGUUUUAUUAUUCGUAUGUUGUUCCCACCAUCAUCGGUUGUCGUUUCUCGAGAUCUUUUGAGCUCAACUUGAGGCUACUAAUGAUUCAGAUAUUUAUUGUGAUUGAUGGUGAAAGUUGCCGAAAUUGUGGUGUAUGAUGUAAAAGGGGAACAAGUUGAUUCCUUUAUGCAUCAUGCUGAAUGGAGUAUGACUUCGUUCUUAGUCAGAUAAAAUUGGCUUCUAGUGCUUUCUUUGAUCAUAUCCUGUAGUAUUCCCUUAAAAGAAUCAAAGAUAUUUCAAAAUUCAAACCCAAUUAUUUAUUCAUGUGGAUAAGUGAGCAUCUGAUGCCAUCAUGAUUCAUACCAAACCUUGAUUCUUGUAAAGUCUGUUGUCCUUUUCUCGAUUCUUAUAUGUUUUAAAACGCAUUGUUUAUUUGAGUGGAUAGGUAUCGUAGCAUAAUCAUCAAGUAAUUCAAAGAUUCGUCACAAGAAAUGGAGAAGAAACAGAAGAAGUUUCUAACAGUUGCACCCUUCGAAUGCGCAUGGCGUGAUGAUUUGAGAUUCAAAGAAGCUGGAAGAGGGUGUGUCGCAUUUGAAGCAUUUGCUCACAAUGACGUCACUGUAGUUUUCCGAGAACAAUUAGGUAGUCAACACUACCAUUACAAAAGAGACAUCAGUCCUCAUUAUACAGUAAUCAUAGGUAGUCAUAGAAACCGAAGGCUAAAGAUUGAAGUAGAUGGAAUCACCACAGUCGAUGAAGCAGGUUUAGGUUUAUGUUGUUCUUCAGCAUUUCAAAGUUAUUGGAUAAGUAUCUGUGAUGGGUUGAUUAGCAUUGGAAAAGGAAGGUACCCUUUUCAAAAUCUCGUGUUUCAAUGGCUUGACACAAAACCCAAUUGCAGUGUUCAGUAUGUCGGACUUAGUAGUUGGGAUAAACACGUUGGUUACAGAAAUGUUAAUGUGCUUCCAUUAACACAAAACCAUAUUUCCCUUUGGAAGCAUGUCGAUUAUGAAGAAUACAAGGGAGAAGACGAUAUGGAAGAAGAUUUGAGGGACGAAUUCGGUAACUUCGAUAAUCAUCAGGGGCUUGGAAGUUUUCUUGAAAAUUGGGAAUUAUUCGAUGUGUAUUUCAUCGUGGGUAACGAGGAAACACUUGUUCCUGCUCAUAAAGUGAUCCUUGCAGCAGUCGACAAUCUUGAUUCAAGCUUGUUAAAUCAAGAUUUUAUCUCAAUCAAAGAUGUUACUUAUCCAGUUCUUCAUGCGUUUCUUCGGUUUAUCUACACAGGCUUUACCCAGAUUCCAGAAUCGCUACUGAGCUCUCUGAGGGAUCUAAGUGUUCGAUUUGGAGCAACUUCAUUGGUGAAACAAUGUGAAGAAGUGAUUGAGCGAUUCAAAUUGAAUAAAAAGCUGUUUGAUUCAGGAAAGAACAUAGAGAUAUCAUACCCUAGCUCUCAGCCUCAUUGUGGUGUUGCGCCCUUUCCUUUGGGACUUCCUGUGAAUGUGCAAAGACUUGAACAAUUUCACACAACAGGCGAGUUUAGUGAUGUCGAUGUUAGCAUUGAAGGCCAUGGUCUUAUUGCUCGAUCUCAUAAAGUCAUUCUUGGUUUGUGGAGUCUCCCAUUUAUGAAGAUGUUCACAAAUGGAAUGAGUGAGAGUGUAUCCUCGGAGAUUUGCUUAAAAGAAGUCACAUCACCAAAAGCAUUCAAGAUCAUGAUCGACUACUUCUACAAUGGAGGAUUGAACUUAGAAGACACAGUCGAUACCAAUAUCUUGCUACUUGAGCUUCUUCUAUUAGCAGAUCAAUUUGGGGUUUCUCUCCUUCAUCAAGACUGCUGCAAAACGCUUUUAGAGCAGCUUUCAGAGGGAUGGAAUUUCAUUUUCAACUAGUGGACGAAGGGUUCUGUAUGCCUAAUUCUUCAAGUUAUUCCCUCAAUCCCUUCAUGUAAACUUAUAGAAGAAACAUGUGAAAGGAUAUUCACAAUGCAUUUUGAUUAUUGUACAACGGCUUGUAACGACUUCAUCUUGCUAGAUCAAUCAACUUUCUAUAACAUUUUACAGCAUCCGGAUUUGACUGUGACUUCUGAAGAGAGAGUUCUUAAUGGGAUCUUGAUGUGGGGCCUACAACCGAGUGAAUUAUGUAAUUGGGAAGUUGUUGACAACAUGCUUUCUACUAUAACACCACAAGAUCUUUUUGGGAAAAGGCUUCAAUCUUUAAACAUCUUGUUACCUCUCGUGCGCUUUUCAUUGUUCCCUUUGUUCUUACUCAAAAAGAUGGAAUGUAGCAAUCUAAGCAUGAAAAUCCCGAGUUUUCAUGAUUUGGUGAAAGAGGCAAUUGGGUUCUUGGAAGUGGGAUUGCCUACUUCAGGGAAUAAUCCAAAGUUUCAACAUAGGCAAUCGAGUUUUAAGGAGCUCCAAUACAUACGUGAUGGAGAUAGCAAUGGGGUUGUAUAUUAUGUGGGGACAUCAUAUGGGAAACACCAAUGGGUUAAUCCUGUUCUAGCUAAGAAAAUCAGCAUUACAGCUAGCAAUCCUAUUUCAAGAUACACAGAUCCCAAGGUCUUGGCUUCACGAACCUACCAGGGAACUUCUUUUGCUGGGCCCCGCAUUGAGGAUGGGAAGAACUGUUCAUGGUGGAUGAUUGACCUUGGUCUCGAUCACCAGCUCAUGUGCAACUAUUACACUUUGAGACAAGAUGGAUCAAAGGCUUUUGUGAGAUACUGGAAUUUUCAGGGUUCAUCGGAUGCUAAAAAUUGGACAAAUUUGAGAGUACAUGAGAAUGACCAAACAAUAAGCAAGCCUGGGCAGUUUGCUUCAUGGGCAGUUACGGGGCCCAAUGCAUUGCUCCCAUUUAGAUACUUCAGGGUUGCUCUAGUGGGUCCCACAACAGACGAUAUCAACCCAUGGACACUUUGCAUUUGCUUCUUGGAACUCUAUGGUUACUUCCAUUAAAUUCUCAAAAGAGUCUUGUUGUUGUAGAUAUUCUUUUUUGCAGUGUUGUUAGUUUAUUUGUAACCGAGAUUAGGCCUCCAUGUAACGUUUGCUCUCCCAUUUUGAUCUUGUGUUGUUGUAUCAAUUCGUGUUCUUGUUUGUUGUGAAUCUUUGAAGAAUAAUAUAUAAUAUGCUUAUGUUGUUGGAUUC